AACACACCCAUCCUCUACAAAGAACCCAUCAAUCAACCCUCUACCAACCACCCAAAAUGGAAGACACUCCCCUCCCCCCCGCAAGCACCGACCCCCGCGACCUCGCAGCCCUCGAAUCCAACCCCUCCGUCCUCUUCCCCACCUUCACCUCCAGCACCGCCUGGACCCUCGGCCUCGCCCUGCGCGAGCGCAUCCUAUCCCUCCCACCCACACAACGCAAACCAGCCUUAAUCUCCAUCACCUUGACGGGCGGCUCCGAACCACACGUCAUCUUCCAAUGCGCGACCGAGCCCGGCACGGUAGCAGACAACGAGGUGUGGGUGCGACGGAAGCGCAACACGGUGUUGCGAUGGGGCGUGUCGAGUUGGUUGAUGAGACAGAAGAUGUUGAGUUCGUCGGGGGCGGAAGCGAGUGAGGUGGAGGCGGCGUUUGUGAGGAAGUUUGCGUUGACGAGUACUGGCGGGGGAGGCGCGGCGGAUGAGUUUGCGAUUCAUGGGGGUGCGUUUCCCAUUCGGGUGAGGGGCGUGGAUGGCAUUGUGGGUGUUGUGGUGGUGAGUGGGUUGAAGCAGGAGGAUGAUCAUCAGGUGGUGGUGGAGACGGUGAGGGAGGUUAUUGCGAAGAUGUAAAUGGAUUUAUUAGAGUGUAUUAUAUUAUAUAUAUAGGAUCUGUAUUAGAGUGAAAUAUUUAUUUUGUGCUGUGU